GUGUCUCCCCAGCAGCUGCGGGAGAGAAGAAUGGGAAUGGGAACAGAUUUGUGGAUUGCAGGCGAGGGAUCGCGUGGAAACAUGAGGACAGUUUAAAAUAGACUCAUAAUUUUCAAUCGUUAAUUAUCCACGUUGUAACAGGAGUUUGUCCCGAUAUUUUCUCCCGUUGAGGACGAGGAUAUUUAUUUAUUAAAUUGGACAGCACUGAGGGAAAAACGGGAAGCCUCUUUGUGAAUCCCAUUUCACAGGGAUAAAAGCCCAGCUGCAGAGUGGAGUGGUGGUCUGACCUUUACCCUCAGUAGGAAGAAAAGAAAAGCCACUUCAGAGAUGGAUCAGGUGUCGGACGACGAGCUGGACCACGGGGCGGAGGAGGACAGCGACAAGGAGGACCAGGACCUGGACAAGAUGUUUGGGGCCUGGCUGGGUGAGCUGGACAAGCUCACACAGAGUCUGGAUGAUGGUCGGCCACAAAAAGCACUGCAGAAGCCGCCUCUCAGGCAGGAGACGAACAUAGCCAACUUCUCCUACCGCUUCUCUAUGUACAACAUAAAUGAGGCUCUGAAUCAGGGAGACACCGUCGACCUGGAUGCCCUCAUGGCCGACCUUUGCUCCAUCGAGCAAGAGCUGAGCACCAUCUCCAAACCAAACUCAGCAUCUCGCAGCCAGAACAAGGGACAACAGAGGGGCCCCGGGGGCCGCAGUGCCAGCACCAAGCACCCUAGCACCAGUGGAGGGGGAAACAGCGGAGGAAGCACGAGCAGCAGUGCCAGAGCGUCGCCGGCCAGCACGGUUCGGGGCGGCAGCGCCAGCUCUCGACCCGCGGCCUCCAACAUCUCCCUGGAUGACAUCACUUCCCAGCUGGAGAAGGCCUCCCUCAGCAUGGACGAAGCGGCGCGUCAGACUUCCUCUUCUUCUUCCACUUCGUCUUCCUCGUCUUCAGUGUCCUCCACAGCUUUGCGGCGCCCCUCCUCCGGAUCGUCCGGUGGCGGGCAGCACCGCAGAACCGGCUCGGUGGGCACGGCCUGUGAGCAGGAGGCUCAGUCGCAGCGCUCCAGCAUGAAUUCGGCGUGCGCCUCGGCUUCCAGCAUGGACUCCCUGGAUGUGGAUAAAGGGAUGACAGGAGGAGAGGCAGACGAGCAGGGCAGUCCGAGCUCGCAGGGGCAGAACCAGACCAGCACAGAGCAUGUCACACUGCGACGGGCCUGCAGUAGUCCGGCCAGACGCCAGCUUGACUUCACCUCCCGCGAGGGUGAAGUGGACCAGGCCACUCAUUCCUAUCUGGACCGAGAAACCUCACUCAUUCUGAAAAGCAUAGCUGGGAAGCCUUCUCACCUCCUGACCAAGGAGGAGCAAGCCGCCAAGCUCAAGGCAGAGAAGAUCCGUGUCGCUCUGGAGAAAAUCAAGGAGGCGCAGGUCAAAAAGCUGGUGAUUCGGGUCCAUAUGUCGGACGAGAGCUCCAAGACCAUGAUGGUGGAUGAGCGGCAGUCGGUCAGACAGGUGCUGGACAGCCUGCUGGAUAAGUCUCACUGUGGCUACAGUCCGGACUGGUCUCUGGUGGAAACCAUUACGGAGCUGCAGAUGGAGCGUAUAUUUGAGGACCAUGAGAACUUGGUGGAGAACCUGUUAAACUGGACCCGGGACAGCCACAACAAGCUCAUGUUCAUCGAGCGCAUCGAGAAGUACGCUCUCUUCAAGAACCCCCAGAACUACUUGUUGGGGCGGAAGGAGACAUCAGAGAUGGCUGACCGGAAUAAAGAAGCUCUACUGGAGGAAUGCUUCUGCGGUGGGUCGGUGUCGGUGCCAGAGAUAGAGGGGAUUCUGUGGCUCAAAGAGGAUGGAAAGAAGUCGUGGAAAAAGCGUUACUUUCUCCUCAGGGCUUCAGGGAUCUAUUAUGUCCCAAAAGGCAAAGCAAAGGCGUCCAGAGAUCUUGUGUGCUUCCUGCAGUUGGAUCAUGUUAAUGUGUAUUAUGGACAGGACUACCGCAGCAAAUACAAGGCUCCUACUGAUUACUGCCUGGCCCUGAAGCAUCCCCAAAUCCAGAAGAAGUCCCAGUACAUCAAAUACCUUUGCUGUGAUGAUGUUAGGACCCUGCACCAGUGGGUGAAUGGCAUCCGCAUCGCCAAGUACGGCAAGCAGUUAUAUGUGAACUACCAGGAAGCAAUGAAGAGGACAGAGGCAGCCUAUGAUUGGUCAUCUCUGUCUACCUCCAGCAUUCGGUCAGGCUCCAGUUCUGCCAGUAUACCUGAGUCCCAGUCCAAUCAUUCAGGUCAUUCAGACAGUGGAGUAGACACAGCCUCCUCUCAUGGCCGGUCCCAGAGUGUGGUGAGCUCCAUUUUCUCUGAAGCCUGGAAGAGAGGAACCCAGAUGGAGGAGAAUUCUAAACAGAUCCGGAUGGAGGCGUCGCGUGGAUCAACGCAUUCCUCCCACAGCCACCGGCAUCACAGCCAGCAUUCAGUGGACCACCCCGUUCUCACUCCCCCUCCACAGCAGCAGCAGCACCCACCUCAGCCAUCUUUAACGCAACAACCGACAGUGAUCCAACCACAUCAACCUCCAUCACCUCCCCAGAUGCUGCCACCACCACCGCCAGAGACGGUACAACCUCCGCAUCCGCCACCCAAGUCUCCAGAGCCGCAGCCCAGCAUUAGUUACGAUCAGCAGGAACCAGCUGCUGCUCCCAGUCCACCUCCACCCCCUCCACCACCUCUCCCGCCACCACCUCCUCCACUCCCUCCACUGCAAAUGGUGUCGCACCACUCGCCAGCCCCCACCAUGUACAAAUACAGCACCAUCACCCGACUGCAGAACCAGAAGACUUCUCACAAGCUACCGGCGACGGCUAAGCAAGUCCUGCCUCCACCUCCGACGCCACCUGCACAGGUCAUCAAGCCCAACGUAAAUCACAUUGCUGCAAGGACGAACGUCCCACCUCCUCCUCCGCCUCCACCUCCGCUGUCAAUGCCGACCCCGGGGUCCGCGAUGGCGGUUUUGCGAUUUGGCCCUUUCAACCCGCCUGCUCCUCCUUCCUUCAUCCCACCACCUCCUGCAAUGCACGCCAGCAACAUGAUGUUUCCUCCUCCUCCGCCUCUGCCUCCACCUGUUGCACCAACCCCCAUGAGACAGACUGUUCAAGCCAACUGCCUGAAGCAGGCGCUAAAGGAUCGGUUUCCCAGUCCGCCACGAGAACUGUUGUCUCACAACGGGGAUCUUGAGGACUCCCCACCGCCUGCUCCAGCACCACCACCACCACCUCUGCCGCCUCCACCGCCGCCCCCACCUCCUCCUCCGCCACCCCAGCAGUGCUCAAUACCAGCACAGUUUCCACCUCCUCCUGGACCCCCCCAAGCUCCACCCAAAACCUUCACUCCUGGUUUUAUGCCUCACACUGCACCCAAACCCAUGUCCCCAGUAUCACCAUUCCCUCCUGCUCCAACUCCACCCCCUCCCCCUCCUCCCCCUCCUGCACCUUCUCACCUAAAGAAACAGCUCAGCCUCCAGCACACCCAUCCUCCUCCUACCCUCCCCAAGCAGCACAGCCUCACUAAAACGGUGAGCAUUUCUGCGGGAGCUGCACCUACCAUGUCUUUGGUGAAGCAGUUGGCAAGUCAGUUUCCAGGAGCUUCAUCCCAAGUCAACAAUGCUGAGUACCCUAAAGCACCACUCUCCCCUCCUGCUGUGAAAACGAAACCAAAAUGGCAGCCUGGCGGUAACCAACAGCUGCCGUCUCCAGAGUUCCCCCCUCCUCCAGCAGAGAGCAACAACAGUUUCCCUGCACCACCCCCACCACCUCCUCCGCCGCCACCUCCUCCUCCAGCACCCAUCACUGGCCCAACGCCACCACCCCCACCCCCGCCUCUUCCCUCUGGAAACUUGGGCUCUCCACUGAGGAGAUCGCCCUCUGGCUCCUCCAGUUUCGGUGGUAAGAAGCCCCCUCCAACCCCUCAGAGGAACUCCAGCAUUAAGGCCAACUCGUCAGCCUCUUACGAGGAAUCCAGGAGGAAUUUGCUCAGCAAGUUUGCUCCCCAGGGCAAUAGCACCCCAUCUUCCCCUUGUCCCGUUUCUUCCUCCAUUGGAUCUCCUUCAAAGGACCCUUCAAAUGGGCCUCCUGCACCUCCUAAACCAGGAAAGCUCAACCUGUCUAACCUACCUUUGGCGCUUCAAGCUAAAGUAAGCCAGGCCAAACAGGCAGGUGGUGACUUUCCAUCUCCUCCACCCGAGUGCGCCUACUUUCCACCUCCUCCCCCUGUCUCUGAGCUUUUCCCUCCUCCACCGCCUCCAGGCAAUGAUAUCCCGAGGGUAGCCGUGGUAAAUCCUCAACCCCAAACUCCCCCUCCUCCGCCACCUGUCUCCCUUGUUAGCAACUCAAUAUGGGCAAAGAACUCCCUAAAAAAGACUCCUCUGCCCACCCUAGGGCGGCGAAGCAACACUACCCCGGAACCGCCUGGCAUAUCUCCACCUCCACCCACAUCUCCAAAGGGUAGCUCAGGUCAGCCCAACUUCCUAGCAGAUCUCAGCCAGACUUUGAAACGCAAGUCGGUGGGUCGCCAGGGUCCAGGCCUCCCCGGCAAACUGGACCCAGCGGGGACCAUGGAUGACAUGGCGCUGCCUCCGCCACCCCCAGAGCUGCUACUGGACCAGGGGCAGCAGAGCAAUGGAGGAAACGACAGCUAUAUGUCCGGAAACAUCUCAGGCUAUGCAACACUGCGAAGAGGACCACCACCCGCACCGCCCAAACGCGGGGAUGCAACCAAACUUACCGGAUAACGUUGAACUCUGAGAUCAGGACACAACGCAGCUGGCUGAACAGACGUUAUUAGCUAAAUUGAUAUGAAAUCCUAAACUUCUUAAAUUCACUUGUGAUCACUGAUGAAUUGGUGAUCGUGUACAUAUUAAAAAAAGCCAAAUCCGACCACCGAAUUCAAACAGUGCAUUUUGUAAAACAGACUGUUAAGACUGGACCAGGUAGGUAUGAAGGAUCCAGGUCUGAGCCAAAUCAUGUGUUUGCUUUCCUUUUUUUUUUUAAUUCCCAUAAAGCUAUGCCAUAUACUGGAUACAAACAGAGAAACGGAUCGGAACCACAUGUUUCUGCUUUGAUCACUGCAUGAACCAUAUGUGAUAACAGGCUGGAGUUGCCCUGGGUUGAGUGUCUGUCUCUGUGUGUGUAUGAAUGAGAGGGAAACAUGCAUCGUCUCCAUGCAUGAUUACAUAUAUUGGUGAAGUAGUUGAUCAUUAAGGAAUGCUGCCAUGUUUUCUUUUGUAUGAAAUAAUUUAAAGACUGAUGAUUUUAACAUUGUUUUGGUUUUUGGUUUUUUAAUUCUGGCCAACAAAUUUAGUCUAAACUGGAUAGAAGAAAGGGAUUCUGCCACACUAAUGAACCUCAAACAAAUUGGAAAAAAUUCAGUUUUGAAUGUUACAUAAGACAAAUAAGAGAAGGAUUUUAAUACAGAAAUGCUAUAUGCUGAGCAUCUCCACACGGGUAAUCCACAAAUGCUGAAGGAUCUGGCUCUAUCCAAAGACUUUUAAAGGAAAGUUGAGUUCUGCUAUGUUUUAUCAAAUCCAAAAUCAGCACAGUGGUUUACCAGGAGAGAUCAGGGCACUUCAUGCGUCUCUAAGUUGGUUUUAAUUUCAAGUAGGACUUGGCACCACCUGAACUCACUUGACGUAAAACCCAGUGGAGAUUCUGUGGAGUUCUGUCAAGACGAGAAUGAGACAACAAUGCAGAUGAGUUAAUGGUCAUUAUCAAAUCAAUCUUAACUUCCUUAACUCAUGCAAAAGGACCCCCAAUCACAGAUUGAAGUCUAACUUAGCCGUACGCUAACAUUUCUGAAUUACAAAUUCUUUUUAUUGGUUUUAUGUAACAUUUCUGCAACCUAAAUUUUGGGUUUUAAGCCAUAAGCAAAAUGAACAACAAUAGAUGUAUAUUUUUUGGGUAAUUUCACUUUCUGAACUUACUGAAGUAAGCUGUAGUAUCUGCAGAACCUUCUCAGUUCAAAAUUCGUUGAUCUUUUUACAAAAAUGCAAAUGUAAAGGAAGUCUCAUUACGAACACCUUGGGGGAAAAAAACUUUUAUUAUUAUUAUUUAAUGCAAAAUUAGGAGGAGCUGUGUUUAAAUGGAGGUGGAGGCCUGUGUUUGUUUAUCUGUGUGAGUUCCUUGUGUGUUGGCUUGAUUUUUGGACCUCAUCCCACAUCACCACUGGUUCCCAACGCCUUUUGAAAUCAGGAAUACAAACUGGAAUCUCAUCUUAGUACACACUGAAGGAGACGUAUUCGCCUGGUUAAUGUACAGCGCAUUACACCGUGUAUUUAAUGACCCCCCCAUCAGACUUGCAUUAGACCGAAUGUGCUUUGAAUCCCGUCUUGUUUGUUCAUGGUGCCAUUGCUGCUUAAGCCGACAGCUCACAAGGACAGCAGUGCCUAGAAAGCGGAGCAUGAAGGGGUUUCCUUGCCUUGCUGCAGUACUUUUAUUUCCCGGGUUCUUGUGCUGUCCAUGAAGUAUCCCUUUCCCCAUGUGUCCUUUUGUGCCAUGAUGACAUAUCAGUAAUAUUCCCACAUAAUUUGACUGGUGUUUAAAGCAGAGGGAGUUCGUGUCGGCUUCCCUGCUGGUUGCCUUCGCUGAAGGACUUCUUCAACAUGCUUCUCAUUUGUCUGAGUCGGCAUAUCUUAAACCACCGUGACGGGACGUUUGCUAGAGUUCAGUUUGUAAGCUAUUAAUGUGGUAAAGUGUGAAGUAAAUGCAAAGAAGGUUGAAGUCAAUGUUUCCUCUUGCAUAUAAACUGAAAAUCCCAAUAUACAUGUUCAAACCUGA